UGAGAAGGGCACACGGUCUUGGGGAAAUCAGAAGAAGAAGAAGAUGGCGAUGAGGACGAGGACGUGGGAAGUGGUGAUGUUGCUGGCGUUGCUUGUGCCAUCUACACUGGGAUGGGAAUACGAAAAGGAAAGAGGAGAAGAACAUGAAGAGGAGAAAGGAGGGAUAUUCCUGAUGAGGAAUUCGAAGCAGGUUAUGAAGACAGAGGGAGGGGAGGUUAGGGUAAUGAGAGGCGAUGAUAUGAGGAAGGAGUCAUCCGGCUCCAUGCAUAUCGGUUUCAUCACCAUGGAACCCAACACUCUUUUCAUUCCUCAGUAUAUUGAUGCCAGUUUGAUUCUCUUUGUACGCAGGGGAGAAAUGAAGAUAGGGUGGAUCUACAAGGACGAAAUGGUGGAGAAGAAUUUGAAGAUCGGGGACGUGUAUAGAAUUCCAGCUGGUUCAGCAUUCUACAUGGUGAACACGGGCCAUGGACAGAGACUUCAGAUAAUCUGCAGCAUUGAUACAUCGGAGAGUUUGGGAGAUGACAUUUUCCAGUCGUUCUUCAUUGGUGGAGGGACUUACCCAACUUCAGUUCUUGCUGGAUUUGACAUUAGGACACUGACCACCGCAUUUAAUGUCACUGUAGAUGAACUGAGAUCAGUUAUGGGGAGGCAGAAGGGCGGACCAAUAGUAUAUUUAAAGGGUUCGGACCAACCAGGCAAAGGGGUGACUUCUUUGAUGCAAUUAAAACAGAGGAUAAGAUCAUCAGAAGUGGAGUUUUGGGCAGAAGAUGAGGAAGAAAAAGAAAAUGAACCAAAACAAGCAACUGCAUGGACAUGGCGGAAACUCCUCAAUUCUAUCUUGGGGGAAAAUAGGAAAAGGAAGGGUGCAGUUCGGUCCCCAGAUUCUUAUAACAUAUAUGACAGGAAACCUGAUUUCAGCAACAACUAUGGUUGGAGUGUUGCACUUGACGAGAAUGACUACAUCCCUCUAAGACGCUCUGGCAUUGGUGUAUACCUUGUUAACCUUACUGCGGGAGCGAUGAUGGCACCACAUGUGAAUCCAACGGCAACGGAAUAUGGCAUCAUCCUAAAAGGUACGGGAACAAUUCAGGUUGUGUUCCCUAACGGAACAAGUGCAAUGAAUACUAAAGUGCGGGAAGGCGAUGUAUUCUGGGUGCCUAGAUACUUCCCCUUCUGCCAAAUAGCAUCACGUAGUGGUCCAAUGGAAUUCUUUGGAUUCACUACCUCUGCACGAAAGAAUCGGCCUCAGUUCCUUGUGGGGGCCCGCUCGAUUCUCCAUAGUACGAGUGGACCAGAGCUGGCAGCAGCAUUCGAUGUUCCUGAAGAGAGGCUUAAGAAAGUCAUUGACUCGCAGGGUGAAGGAGUUAUCCUCCCUUCCUGGCCUGUUGUUGAUUCGCCGUUCAUCAAAACAGUUGACAGCGAUAUGGUUAUGGGCUUUGAUUAGGUUAAAUGUUUCUGUUUCUGAUGAGUUUCUUAUUUUCACUAGUUUAGUUUUGGGGCAGAGUUUCUGC